CCGGGAGGCGAGGGUGGGGUGAGAACGCGCUCGGAGGGACCGGAGACCCCGGCGCAUGCGUCGCCGCGCACCUACCCGGCCAUGCUGAGGCUGGACAGCUACUGCGGGGCCGAGGGGCCGCCGACCCCGCGCUGGACCAGCGGCGGCCUGAGCCCCUGCUUCUUCUUUACGGCCGCGCCCGCGGCGCUGCUGGCGCUGGGGGCCCUGGCCCUGGCCCUGCGGCUGCGGAGGGCGUGCGCGCCGCGCGCCCGGCCAGCCCCGAGCCCGGGUCCGGCCGCGCGGGGCCUCCUGGGCGGCCUGCAGCUGCUGCUGGGCGGCCUGCAGCCGCUGCUGCCCGCGGCGGCGCUGGUGGCCCGGGCCGCGGCCGCCGCCGAUGCCCCCCUGCCCGGUUACGCGCUGCUCUGGGCCCUGCUCGGCGCCGGCGCCGGGGCCUGCGCCCUGGCGCUGCAGCUGCUGGAGCGGGCGCCCGCCCGCCGGGCCGGACACGGCGCCGCUCUUCUCCUCCUGUGGGCCGCGGCGCUGGCGGCCGAGAACCUGGCCCUCGUGUCCUGGAACAGCCCGCUGUGGUGGUGGGCCCGGCGGGGGCUGCACCAGCAGGUGCAGUUCGGCCUGUGGGUGCUGCGCUACGCCGUCUACGCGGGGCUCCUGGGCCUGGGGCUCUGCCUCCCUGGGGCUAGGCCCCAAGCCUAUGCCCUGCAGGUCAACGGAGAUGCUGACCCGGAGAGCAGCCAGCCUCCCCAGCCUCCCGCCGCCUCCAGGUACGCGUCCACGUGGAGAGAUCUUGGGCACAAGCUGCGGCUGCUGGGCAACCACCUGUGGCCCCGGGGAAGCCCGGCCCUUCAGCUGGUAGUGCUGAUGUGCUUGGCCCUCAUGGGCCUCGAGCGCGGUCUGAACGUGCUGGUGCCCAUCUAUUAUCGGGACAUCGUGAACGCGCUAACCGCAAGGGCCCCUUGGAACUCUCUGGCCUGGAUCAUCUGCACUUAUGUUCUACUCAAGUUCUUGCAAGGGGGAGGCACUGGAAGUACCGGAUUUGUGAGCAACCUACGAACAUUCUUAUGGAUCCGGGUGCAGCAGUUCACAGCCCGGCAAGUAGAGCUGCGUCUCUUCACCCAUCUGCACGGGCUGGACCUGCGCUGGCACCUGGGGAGACGCACGGGAGAAGUUCUCCGGAUUGUUGACCGAGGCACAUCUAGUGUGACCGGGCUGCUCAGCUACCUGAUAUUUAACAUCUUGCCCACCUUGGCCGACAUCAUCAUCGGCAUCAUCUACUUCAGCAUGUUCUUCAACGCCUGGUUCGGCCUCAUCAUCUUCGUCUGCAUGACCCUCUACCUCACCUUGACGAUUUUAGUCACUGAGUGGAGAGCCAAGUUUCGCCGUGAUAUGAACACACAGGAGAACGCCACACGAGCUCGAGCAGUGGACUCUCUGCUCAACUUCGAGACGGUGAAAUACUACAACGCUGAGAGUUAUGAAGCGGAGCGAUACAAGGAAGCUAUCAUCAAGUACCAGAGUCUGGAGUGGAAGUCCAACGCCUCGCUGACUCUGCUGAACCAGACGCAGAAUCUGGUGAUCGGGCUCGGGCUUCUGGCCGGCUCUCUGCUCUGCGCCUACUUUGUUAGUGAGCAGCAGCUCCAGGUCGGAGAUUUCGUGCUGUUUGGCACCUACAUCAUCCAGCUCUACAUGCCCCUCAACUGGUUUGGCACCUACUACAGGAUGAUCCAGACCAACUUUAUUGACAUGGAGAACAUGUUUGACUUGUUGAAAGAAGAAGCCAAAGUGAAGGACGUCCCAGGAGCCCCAGCCUUGCAGUUUCAGAGAGGAUACAUUGAGUUUGAGAACGUGCACUUCAGCUACACCGAGGGGCGGGAGACCCUGCAGGACAUCUCCUUCGCCGUGAUGCCCGGGCAGACGCUGGCCUUGGUGGGGCCCUCCGGGGCGGGGAAGAGCACUGUCCUGCGCCUGCUCUUCCGUUUCUACGACAUCAGCUCCGGGCACAUUCGCAUAGAUGGGCAGGACAUCUCACAGGUGACCCAGACUUCAUUGCGCUCCCACAUUGGAGUCGUGCCCCAGGACACCGUCCUCUUCAAUGACACUAUCGCCAACAACAUUCGAUACGGCCGUGUCACGGCCUCGGAGCCCGAGGUGGAAGCUGCCGCCCAGGCUGCUGGCAUCCACGAUGCUAUUCUGGCUUUCCCUGAAGGCUAUGAGACCCAGGUGGGCGAGCGCGGGCUGAAGCUGAGCGGAGGGGAGAAGCAGCGGGUGGCCAUUGCCCGCACCAUCCUCAAGGCUCCGGACAUCAUUCUUCUAGAUGAGGCGACCUCGGCACUGGACACAUCGACUGAGAGGGCCAUCCAGGCUUCCCUCAACAAAAUCUGUGCCCUUCGCACCACCAUUGUGGUGGCCCACAGGUUAUCAACAGUGGUCAAUGCUGACCAGAUUCUCGUGCUCAAGGAUGGCUGCAUUGUAGAAAGAGGAAGGCAUGAGGCACUGCUGGCCCGAGGAGGGGUAUAUGCUGACAUGUGGCAACUGCAGCAACAGGGCCAGGAUGAGGAAGUUGCAGAUGCGAGGGGCCAGGCGCCAAAAGGGGGUCCUCAGCCCCCAAAGCCCUAAUGGAGGUUGUGGGGAGCAUCCUCGUCGUUACCGGCUCAUGGGAAUCCCGUGAUUGUAACAUCUGGCUUCUCACCCCACUUCACCCUGUUCCUGGGGUACAUUUGUGGGAAGGCCUUACCUCCCCCUUCAGGGAAAAUGGGACCUCAGAAAUAAAGUGUGGAGUGAAACCUGA